AAAUCUGAAUACACAAUAACAAAUCCGAAUACACAUUAACAAAUCCGAAAACACAACGACAAGUCAGACAACCCAGAAAAGGUAGGUAUCGUUUGCGAAUGGAAAUUUAUCAAUCAUCGGACGAGACACCUGUCAUUCACCUGUAUAUCUUGAAUGACAGAUGUCUUGUCUAAUGAUCGGUAAGUUUCCAAUCACAAACUAUAUGUGUAUUCGGAUUUGUUAAUGAUUUAUUCGGAUUUGUUGUUUUGUUUUUGCAUUUGUUGUUUUGUUUUCGGAUUUGUUAAUGUGUAUUCGGAUUUGUUGUUUUGUUUUUGCAUUUGUUGUUUUGUUUUCGGAUUUGUUAAUGUGUUUUCAGAUUUGUUAAUGUGUUCUCGGAUUUGUUAAUGUGUUUUGCACUUCUCGGCCACCGUAGCAAUGACUUUUCAUGCUACACACGCUUCUGGCAACGGUCUGUAGGAUUAUAAAUUAAUUAAAAAAGUAGGACAUGCCAUUAUUUAAGCUGUCCCGGCUUUCACAUCUCUCCCGUCAAUGAAUGCAACCUGUUUAAAUGUUUUCUUCACAUUAUUGUCAUGUGAGGCUUCUGAAGAACAAUUCACAAGAGUAGAAAAGGUGGGAUCUCAUCUGUUGCAAACCCUGCACUGCAUGCUUUAAUUGCCAGGAACUACUUUAAUCCUAAAUCCAUUAUAAUUAUUUGGCAUGCAGCAUGCAUGUCCAAGAAAUGCCUGAAAAGUUCAGAAUUCAUUACCUACAUUAAAAAACAUGACUAGUUGGCAGGGAGGCUGGGGCUCAGGAAGCCAUUAGCAACAGCCUUAACUUUGUACAGUACAGGAUAUAAGGUCUUGCACCAACUGGGUGGAUUCAGCCAUAGAGUUGAUUUGGUGACACUUAAUCUGAAGUCCUGGUCAGAAGGUGCAUUAUUUAAAUCAUAAAGAUAAAAUACACAUUUAACCGUUUCUUUCUCUUAAUAAUAGGACAACAGUGACUUAGAUAACAUCAUCAUGUUCUUAUAAAGCUUGAGACGUCUGUUAGGAAACUAGCUUUUGAAAUGCAAAACGCAGAUCAUUCAAAUAAUCGAUAUGCUCGCAAUGUCCACUCCUGAGUGUCUGUUUGUAAGUAGUUAAUGAUUAGGAAGUAUUUUGGCUAAUAAACAUAAAAAUAAACAGGGUAAAGGUUGGUGUCUAUGCUCAUUUAACAAACAAAUAGGGUCGAGGAUUGCAGCUAUACACGAUUAACGAAGCAGGACUAUACAACAGGUUGGGGAAAACUGCUAUUUGGGAAGAAGUGUCAUGGCGCGAUGUGUCCUGUGUGUGUUGUGGUGUUGCUUUUCCUUUGUAUUGAUUUACACCAGCGUACACAGAGCUCCACAAAAACAUCCGUACUCUGAUUAUUGUGAAAACCUCAUAAAAGCACUGAGCGAGAUGAACAAUGAUUUUGCUUUCCGUCUGUACAAAAGCAUCAUGUCUGGUGCUCAGUCCCAGAACGUGUUCUUCUCUCCACUGAGCGUGUCCACGGCUCUGGCUGCAUUGUCUUUAGGAGCAGGUGGUGAGACUCAUCAACAGCUUCUCAGUGGCCUCGGAUUCAACAGCUCUCUCUUCACCAGUGAAGAAAUGCACCAGGCCUUCCUCAAUGUCCUCCAAAACCUCAAUCAGAGAACAGGGGUAGAUCUGAACAUGGGCAGUGCCGUCUACUUUAACAACAGCUUUAAACCACGUCCGGAAUUUCUGGAGAAUCUUAAGCAUUUCUAUCUUUCCAAAGGCUUCUCCGUCGAUUUUAAGAAUACUUCAGAUACCUCAGAUCAAAUAAACAACUAUGUGAGUGAAAAGACACAUGGUAAAAUCAGCAAUGUUAUUGAAAACUUGGAUGCACGUACCAUCAUGUAUCUCCUCAGCUAUAUAUAUUUUAAAGGUAAAGGGUUAUCAUUUCACCCCAACACUCGAGCGGAUCAAUUCCAUGUGGAUGAAAAAACAACUGUUCCAGUUCAAAUGAUGUAUAUGAUCUAUGGACGCGUUUACUAUGAUCAACAACUGUCUGUCAGAGUCCUUCGUUUGAACUACAUAGAUUCCUUCUCCAUGAUACUGGCUCUGCCUUACACAAAUAUUACAAUUUUGGAAGAGGGUUUACGUCCACACCACAUAACCAAGUGGCAAAAAUGGAUGUCAGAACGUGAUAUUAACAUCUUCGUCCCUAAACUGUCCCUAAAAACCUCCUAUUCUCUGAACAGCAUUCUGUCUGAAAUGGGAUUUAUGGAUAUGUUUACAGCUAAAGCUAACUUCUCUGGGAUUUCUGAUGAAAACUUGUUAGUUUCUGAGGCUGUACAUAAAGCCACACUAGAUAUAGAUGUGGAUGAAGCUGUACACACAGGAACAGCAGUGACUGGCUUCAUGCGCUAUUCUAGGACCUAUUAUUCAACGAUUAAAUUUGAUCGGCCAUUUAUGAUCUUCAUAGUUGACCAAAAAACAAACAACAUCCUCUUUAUGGGGAAAAUUGUAAAUCCUGCAAAUUCUGAUGUCCAUCAGUAAUAAACAAACAGAUAAAUGUGUCUUGUCCUAUGUCGCAUACAGGACUGAAGUGAUGGAGGGUAGAGAUGUGAUGAGAUGGGUUGGUGUGUGAUGGGAUGGGAGUCUGACUGCAAAACUAAAGAAAUAAAGAAAUUGUGAUGGUAUUUGGCCUUAAAAGUUUGGGUUCGGGCACCAGGGGCAAAAACCACCACAAUUAUUAAACUAGAUUUGUAAAGUUCGUCGAGACAAACUUUGAUGUUGGCUUUGACGGUGCAAGUAUUCGCAAAGGCCGGUGCUUUUUGGAGGCGAGUGGACAUAAGGGUUAGUGUUACUUUUGGAGGCAAGUGGACAGAAAGAUUGUGAAAGCUACUGGACCGCUAGGGUGCCAAUACUUUUGGAGGCGAGCAGACAUGAGCAUGUGACAUGAUCCGAAUACCCAUGAGGCAGUUCCCCUCAUUGUGCUGAGUGUCUUGAUAUGUCACAUGUCCAUGUUGUGCAAAUUUUUUAUUUUCACGUGAUGACACGUGACGACACGUGACGUGACGUGACCAUAACACACGUG